CUGAUAAUGGCUCAUCUGUCAAAUGUCUAUCGAAAAGCGUGGUUGGGUUGGGGAUAUGUCAACAACCCCGAAUUUUCUCUUGCUGACAAAUACCCGUUGAUUUCGACACUUGCAGCUUCUGCAGCUACGGUAGGCCAAUGCGCUCUAGAAGUGAUAACUCGAUUUCGAUGGGACAUUGUUUCAAUAAUCUACACAUCUAAUGAAGUGCGAUUCUGUGACGACAUAAUGGACUCAUUAAUGAAUUCACUCAGCGAUGCAAACGCUGCAUUCACGCCUAGAAUUGCUCUCAAACAGAUCGUAGAUCCGAAUGAUGAUGAAUCAUACAAGCAAACCUUACGACAGAUUAAGGCUAGAUCACGUGUGGUUAUUUUUUGCAUGGACCUCGUAAAUGAUCGGCGCGGAUUCCUGAUAAAAGCGGACCAAAUGGGAAUGACGAAUAACGAAUACGUGUUUUUCAUGUUGGGGCUGCGUAGCAACGCUUUCGGUCAGGACAUUCUCUAUAGACGCUUGGGGCAUUGA